ACAUGCCAUGCCAACAGCCCAAUUUAGGAGUAACCAGUCAAUCAGCUUUCGUAUCAAAUUUUUCUAUUCCCAAAUUUAGGCCCAUUUGCUGGGCUUAAAACGCAUAAUAUUCCUCUCACCACCUGAAUAAUUGAAAGACAUCCUCCACCACAAAGAAAAAGAGGAAGGCAGGCGUACAGUUUAUUAUCAUAUAUACCACUAACAGGCUUUAUAUUAGAUUUCCUUGGAAAAAAAGCUUGAUUAAAGCACAAAAAUGACUUUAAAUGCUCUUAUUUGUCUUCCACUCGAAUCGAAAUGAUUAUCAAACAACGUGGGUCUUCAUAUAUUUUAUGAUUCUCUCACCAGAGUUCAAUGGACUUCCAGCUUAAGGAAAAUCUUCUUUAUAUAGAUUGAAAUUUGGGUACUACAAGUUAAAAGAAGGAAUCUAGUGUUUCUCUUGGAGUUUCCCAAAUUGUAUCUGCCAUGGAGGACGCUUUUGUGCCUUUCCAAGGGAUCAAGAAUGAUCUCAAGGGACGGUUGUUAUGUUACAAGCAAGACUGGACUGGUGGCUUCACUGCAGGAUUCCGGAUCCUUGCUCCCACAACCUACAUAUUCUUUGCUUCUGCAAUUCCAGUGAUUUCCUUUGGAGAACAACUGGACAGAAGUACAGUUCAGACAUUGGCAUCUACUGCAAUAUGUGGCAUAACACAUUCUAUCAUUGGAGGUCAGCCUUUGUUGAUUCUGGGAGUGGCUGAACCAACUGUAAUUAUGUAUACAUUCAUGUACAACUUUGCAAAGGAUAAAGGAGAUUUGGGUCCAAAAUUGUUUUUGGCUUGGGCAGGCUGGGUAUGUGUAUGGACUUCCUUCCUGUUAGUCUUGUUUUCCAUUUUGGGCGCAUGCUCAAUUAUCAACAGGUUUACCAGGGUAGCUGGAGAAUUAUUUGGGCUACUCAUUGCUAUGUUGUUCAUGCAGCAGGCCAUCCGGGGUGUUGUGGAUGAAUUUCGCAUUCCAAAGAGGAGUAAUCCAAGUCUUGAACAGUUUUCACCUUCUUGGCGCUUUGGAAAUGGAAUGUUUGCAUUGGUUCUAUCAUUUGGGCUACUAUACACUGGUCUCAAGAGUCGCAAAGGAAGAUCAUGGCGUUAUGGAACAGGAUGGCUUCGAGGUUUCAUUGCUGAUUAUGGAGUUCCUGUGAUGGUAGUUGUUUGGACUGGGGUAUCAUAUAUACCUUCAAGUUCAGUUCCUGAGGGGAUUCCUAGGCGCUUGUUUAGUCCAAAUCCAUGGUCACCUGGCGCUUAUGACAACUGGACUGUGAUUAAUGAAAUGCUGGAUGUUCCAUUGCUAUAUAUUAUUGGAGCAUUUAUUCCUGCAACAAUGAUUGCUAUCCUUUACUAUUUUGACCACAGUGUGGCUUCUCAGCUUGCCCAGCAAAAGGAAUUCAACUUAAGAAAGCCAUCUUCUUAUCAUUAUGAUUUGCUUUUGUUGGGAUUCAUGGUUAUUAUGUGUGGUCUUCUUGGUAUACCUCCUUCAAAUGGUGUUAUUCCUCAAUCUCCAAUGCAUACAAAAAGUCUAGCUACAUUGAAGCAUCAGUUGGUCCGUGGUAGGUUGGUGAAGACAGCCAAGACAAGCAUCAAACAAAACUCAAGCUUGGGAAAAUUGUAUGAGAGCAUGCAAGAAACUUAUCAGCAAAUGCAGACCCCGUUGGUUUAUCAGCCACCUCCAGCACUGGCUCUAAAACCAUUUCAACAGACAACUCUUCAAAUGAGUUCAGGAUCUGGGAACAUAGAUGCCCCUGUUGAUGAGUCAAUUUUUGAUCCAGAGAGGGACAUUGAUGAACUACUUCCUGUUGAAGUCAAAGAGCAGCGUUUGAGUAAUUUUUUACAAGCAAUGUUAGUGGGUGGAUGUGUUGCAGCUAUGCCCCUACUUAAAAAGAUUCCUACUUCAGUGCUUUGGGGUUACUUUGCAUUCAUGGCCAUAGAGAGCUUGCCUGGCAAUCAAUUCUGGGAAAGAAUACUUUUCCUAUUUACUGCACCAAGUCGAAGAUACAAGGUGUUCCAACACCAUCAUGCUUCAUUCCUUGAAACAGUGCCUUUCAAAGCUAUUGCUUUUUUCACAGUGUUUCAGACCUGUUAUCUGUUGGCCUGUUUUGGGAUUACAUGGAUUCCCAUUGCUGGAGUUCUCUUCCCACUGCUGAUAAUGCUCUUAGUUCCUGCAAGGCAAUAUCUUUUCCCCAAACUUUUCAAAACAGAGCAUCUUCAAGAGUUGGAUGCAGCAGAGUAUGAGGAGGUCACAGGAUUACCAUAUAACAUUACAGGAGAUGAAGUACAGGGAAUGGGUUUUGCCAAGGCAGAUAACGGUGAGAUAUUGGAUGAGGUAAUUACUCGAAGUAGAGGCGAGGUUAAACAUGCUUGCAGUCCACGAAUAUCCAGUUCGAGUGAGGCAGGUGAUGGCAAACUGAUUUACAGUCCACACCUGCAUAAAUCCCGUGAUGAACUGAAACUUGGAACAAGUCCACUAGCUGCUGAUACCCUGCAAACCAGGAGCCCACGAAUAAGUGAGCUGAGACAAACGUACAGCCCCACAAUACACGGUCCAAGGGUUGGGGAAUCAAGGCUAUCUAAUAGCCCAUCUAAUAGCCCAACGAUGUCUAAUUUUGGGAAGGAUGCAACCUCACCUAGUUCUAGUGGCACUUGAUUAUCGAAUGAGGGUAGUAGGACUUCUUUUGAAAAAAGUAUGAUGUUGUAAAAUAAGCUGGUUUCCUUCUUUCAAUUUUGUUUUAGCAUUAAAGGGGUGGGUUUCAAUUUUGUUUUAGCAUUAAAGGGGUGGGUAUAGUUGAUGAAGAUGAUAGUAUUUAGUUUGAUUAUGUCAAUAAUUAAUAUUUAUAUAUUUUGGAGAUUUGAUUAGGUCAAGUUUGAUCUUUUCGUGACUUUGAUCAAUUGGUUCCAAUCAUUUAUGGUAGCAUUGCUAAAAGAGAGUUUUUAAUUUAGAUGUAUGUUCGAUCA